CGUUGUUCUGUGAGGUACCCUGCCUGCUCCCCAAUUUCUCGCGACUCGGUCCCCCACCGGUGCCCCUUUGGUGAGGCGGGGCUUCUGUUCUCCCCAUCUCGCCGUCCCAGCGAGGCCCUGUGCCUCUGGCUUCCGUGCCGCCCAGCGAGCUGCAGCUUGAAGGCGUCGGCGCCGGCCACCGUUUUGAGAGGAACCCCCCGCCUGCUCCACCAUUGAUUUGCUGUUAUUGCUAUUUUGUUUGUAUAUAUGUACAGAUAUGCCCCACACUGUGGUUCACCUGACUUACCGUUGCGGCAUGCACUUUCCGGGCAUCUUCUCUGCGGUGGCAGCCUGACAGGCACCCGAGGUCUUCACAGGCGUGUAUCCAAUUCAAUUUUGCUGAAAUUUAACAGCAGAAGCCGGAUGUAGUCACUGUAUGUGUUCGUUGUCUGUUGGCAAAUAAAUAUGGAAAGCUAUGCUCUCUUUGAUAAGGAUGGCAAUCAGGUCCCAAAGGAUACAGUCGAUAAAGUUGGAGGAACAUUUGAAAGAAUUCUUGAAGAGACAGUGAAAGUGCGUGAUGCGCAGGAACAUGACAUGCCCCUUCUACAGGCAAUUUCAAUUGUGUUUGAGAGGCACCCCCAUCUAAAGCUAGAUGAUCAGGUCGUGCAAUGGUGUGUCAGCCGGCUCGAGGCAUGGUUUGCUGCAGAUGCAAAUGAAAUAUCUCUCAAAAACUGGGAUCAGGAGCGUGUUCUUACUGGUGGUCAUGGGCUGAUGGCAAAUGGGUAUUGUCCUGUUAUUGAGUCUCUUGCUCGAGGUCUUGACAUCAAGCUUAAUCAAAGGCUGUGGCCGAGGAGAAGUUUAAGUCUGCAUGAAUGCGUACAAUUCACUCUGCAACGUCCUCAAGUCUGCUUAGUGCUGCCCCUGCUAUUACACACAUGACAAAUGUUGCAACUUGUAUUAUCGGUUUUGCAAAGCGCAGGCUGUUGCUUUGUUUCAGUUUUAGUUUGACAUACACACAUUUGUGCCAAGAGGCAAGUUCUGACAUGGAAGGAUGGAGCCAUUGUUCAGUACCCUCCAUACCCGAGCCAGCUAACCACACAGUUUUUACUGAGAUCUUUCCUUUGGCGAUCUUCUCCAAUGCCAGCUACAAUUAUGAGAACAAAGAAGCGUGACAUUUGUUUGCACUAUGGAACACAUCCAAAUAAGCAGUCAGAUCAUGGUGGAGUCAGAAAUGUCUUGAG